AUGGAGACAGCGUUGAAGAUAAAGGAGUCGGGAACUUAUGCGAAUGUUAAAUGGAAGGAUGAGGAGGAGAUACUGGCACAUGCGAGGUGUUUGAUCGAGAACUCAUACUCGCAGCACAUUCAGAGUAAUGCUGUGGUUGCAUUGGCUCCGGAGCUGAAGGAAGUGGGACUCCUGGAAUUGUACGUCUUGUCGAGAAAGGCGUCGAUCAUGGAGCCAGUCUACAAGGAGCCAGCAACGCAUUUGAGGAUUAGGGCGGAGCACAUUAUGCUGGAGGAUAAUGAGGAUGUGCCAUUUCCAGUGAUCAGGGAGUUUGGAGAGAACACCUUCAUGAGCUUGGUCGGAUAG